GCGGGCUCUGGAAGCUUCCGCCGGACGGGUAUAUAGAGUCUGGGACGGGGCGGCGGCGGCGGCGGAGCUUGGGGACGGCUACAGCUGGGCGGCGGACCGCAGGCGUGGGCCAUGGGCAAAGACUAUUACCAGACGUUGGGCCUGUCCCGCGGCGCGUCAGACGAGGAGAUCAAGCGGGCCUACCGCCGCCAGGCGCUGCGCUACCACCCAGACAAGAACAAGGAGCCCGGCGCCGAGGAGAAGUUCAAGGAGAUCGCCGAGGCCUACGAUGUGCUCAGCGACCCGCGCAAGCGCGAGAUCUUUGACCGCUACGGGGAAGAAGGCCUAAAGGGCGGUGGUCCCAGUGGUGGGAGCAGCGGUGGUGCUAAUGGUACCUCUUUCAGCUACACAUUCCAUGGAGACCCUCAUGCCAUGUUUGCUGAGUUCUUCGGCCGAAAUCCAUUUGACAACUUUUUUGGGCAGCGGAACGGGGAGGAAGGCAUGGACAUUGAUGACUCAUUCUCUGGCUUCCCUAUGGGCAUGGGUGGCUUCCCCAACCUGAGCUUUGGACGGUCUCGCCCUGCCCAAGAGCACACCCGAAAAAAGCAAGACCCCCCUGUCACCCAUGACCUUAGGGUUUCUCUCGAAGAGAUCUAUAGCGGCUGUACCAAGAAGAUGAAGAUCUCCCAUAAACGUUUGAACCCCGAUGGGAAGAGCAUUCGCAAUGAAGACAAAAUCCUGACCAUCGAAGUGAAACGGGGGUGGAAAGAAGGGACCAAAAUCACCUUCCCCAAGGAGGGAGACCAGACUUCCAACAACAUUCCAGCCGACAUCGUCUUUGUUUUAAAGGACAAGCCACACAAUAUCUUUAAGAGAGAUGGCUCUGAUGUCAUUUACCCAGCCAGGGUCACCCUGCGGGAGGCUCUGUGUGGCUGUACUGUGAACGUCCCCACUCUGGAAGGCAAAACCAUACCCGUCGUGUUCAAAGAUGUCAUCAGGCCAGGCAUGCGGCGAAAAGUUCCUGGAGAAGGCCUCCCCCUCCCCAAAACACCCGAGAAACGUGGGGACCUCAUUAUUGAAUUUGAAGUGAUCUUUCCCGAAAGGAUUCCCCAGACGUCAAGAACCAAACUUGAGCAGGUUCUUCCGAUGUAGCCACCUCCGUUCCCCAAGGACUGACCAGGGACCUUUCCAGAGCUCAAGGAUUUCCGGACCAUUCCACCAGUAGUGGACCCAUGAGACAGCGGGAGGGCCCAGGGAGGGCUUUCGUCCUGCUGAAUGUUUUCCAGAGAAUAUAUUACAAUCUUUCAAAGGCGCGAACUAGACUUCAGUGAUUUUUCGAGCGAUAGGGCAGCAAGUGGUGGGAACAGCAGAAGGCUUCCAGUCUGCCCCAUAGGUCCUGCAGCCCUCCUGGGAUGGGCCCACCCCUCCCCGUCGAGGCCCUGCUCAGGACCAGGCGCAGCCCCACCACUGGAUUUGAGCCCUCUGUCGUCCCUUUGCUUGUGACCGUUAGGUGAUGUCAGUCUGCUAUCCUGCUUACCAGACCCUGUACUCUCUUCAGUUUCUGUUGUAUGACCAGUUUAUGUUUUAUUCUGUAUUUGUCUCCCACAUUUUGCUCUUCCUCUGAAGAAUCCCAUCUUUUGCCAUCUCAAAUUGAGAACCUAGACUAUUUUUGCAGAACUGCCUGGCCGGCACCCACAAGCAAUACCUCGUUUCCAGCAGGACCAAGGAAGCCAGGCUCAGUGAGUGAGAGUGACUUGUGCAGCCAUCUCUCCCUUGUGGGUCAGGGGCCCUCUCAACCUCUGGCUCCCGGGGCUGAGUACGCUCACUUACGGAUCACUCUUUCCUUUCCUAUGAGGUAAUCUUUGGUACACUGGGGCCUCCCAGUGGCCCAGAUCAUUUUUUGUUUCAUGGACUCUGGACUCUUUCAAAGGGAUCUGAUCCUUUUGAAUUUUGCACAGCCCUAGAUAUAAUCCCUUUUGAUAAAAGGGUCUUCACUCCUGAUUACAGGAGCACUGUGGAACGUCUGUAAAUGUUUUUAUAACUCUGUAAAGUUCGUGUACACUCAAAGCAGUCCACGGCAGCUGCUGCUCUCUGUACAGGCCCAUGAUGGAAUUCAGGAGGAACUUGGGAGUGCGGGGGUUGGAACCAGUGUCUGUUUCCUGCAGGCCAGUCUGGUGCUCAGACUUUUAGACUCAUUGUAAGUUGCCACUGCCAACACAAGACCAAAGCGUGUGACUUGUCCUUGUGCAGCCUGACAGCAUUAAAAACUGAUGCUAAACCUCA